CAGAUUCAGCGGCAGAAUAUGUCAGACCCUCCAAAGGAAUUUGCAGUCCUCUUUCUUCCGUCUAAUCCUUUUCUCGUGAUCACUCACUCUCUCUCUCUCUCUCUCUCUCUCUCUCUCUCUCUCAUAUUUCUCCGGUCGGUCGUCUCUCUCUGUCAUGUCUUUGCACCCAGAAGGGGCUUCACUACCGGACCGGACUCAAAACUGAUUUAAACCAGCCAAAUCCUGAGAAACCCCGUUUCUUCUCUUUCCUGUCAUGUAUGUACGUACAAGCGCGCGUGUGUUGUUCAUCGAGGAACUGAUCGAGAACAGUUGAGGCUUCGACGAGAGAGGCCCCCCCUUCGAUCUUCAGUAAUUGAUUAAUAAUUAAUGAUAUGAUUAAAGAAGAAAUUAUGGGAAGCUGCAGUGGGAGGCCGGGGGGCAGAGGGGGAGUGAGGCAAUAUGUGAGAUCCAAAAUGCCCCGCCUCAGGUGGACUCCCGACCUUCAUCGCUGUUUCCUUCACGCCAUUGAGCGCCUCGGCGGCCAACACAAGGCUACGCCGAAGCUCGUUCUUCAGCUGAUGGACGUGAGAGGGCUCACGAUUUCUCAUGUCAAGAGCCAUCUCCAGAUGUACAGGAGCAUGAGGAGUGACCAGGCCAGACAAGGAAUAUGUCCCUCCCAGCAAGCCAUGAGGCAGUCUUCUGGGGAUCAUGUUCAUGGAUUUCCAGACGAGGAAGAUAAGUCGAGCCUCUAUGCAAUCUUUGGAGUCGGACCCGUUCAAGAAUUCGAUUCUCCCUUGAGGUCCAGUCCUCUUGCUCCCAAAAGGGCAAGGAUCGAGAAGGCUAGCUCAGUCGAUAAGCAUCCUGCAGUGACAAUGGAGGAGAAGAAUUGGAGGGGUUUGGCUCUGAAAAGAGAUCUUCAAAUGCACGUCCUCAACGCCUUGAAAUGUGCAGCCGAAGAAUCUCCUCUCCAGGCGGUGGAAUCAUCGGGAGAGGAGAAACACAUGGUCCAACAUGGAAGAAGCAAGGCUGUUUCGAACGAAGACGCCGAGGGGGUUUGUGAGCUAUCGUUGUCCUUAUCGUUGCCGAACCAAUCAAGCCAGAGCAGUGCUAGUGCCGAGACCAGCAUUGCCAUUUGCUCAGCGGGAAAACAUACUGUAAAUCUUGAUCUGUCGAUUGCUCUUUGUAGUACUUAGCGUAUAUCAUGUUAUGUCCUGCUGCACUUCGUUUGAAUUUUUUUUUUCUGAUAGGGUUUUUGGUCAGGCUGUAUGUAUCUCCUGCGCUCAUAACAUGAGAUCUAGUUAAUCUCAGUGCUCUUCUAGUCCAUCGCAGAGACGACUGGUCAUACAAACUGGAUCGGCAAUGAUUUAAAAUGAACGCGUGGAUCGGGAAUUAUUUAAAAUGAA